CCUUAAUUGGUCAUCAUCAUUUCAUCAUCACAGAGCUUGAAUGGUCAUAAUCCCACCCUUGCUUCAAAGGGUCCAUAAUUCCAUUACCAAAAACAAUUACAUUUGGCCAUUUAGUCAGAGCCAAUAGGUCUAGCACUCUACAUAGUGAAAAAAAAAAACAAAAAAAAAAGAAUAAGUCCCUCUCUUAAUCACACCCAAUAAUCCCCUCUUUGAUGAUUCUUCUCCUUUCAUAUUAUCACUUGAUUUUCUUUUUUUUUGUGGAGGUGAUGAGAUUAUGAGCGUUCUCCCCCUUUUCUCCUGGCCUUGUUUUUAAAGGUCACACACAGUCACACAGUAAAGUAAUAUUAAACCUUUGGGGAACGGGGCGCCGUUCUAAGCCCCCCCAAGAGGAAACGCCGUUAACCCCAAAACCUCCCCGUUUGGCCACGUGCCAUUUUCUAGAAAAAAUUCAUUCGAAAAAACGAAAAUUAUUUUAAUUUUUCCAAUUUUUAAAAUAAAAAGAGUACGAUUUUGUUCCACAUGGCGGCGUUGGAGCAACUGAGCUUGGCUCCUGGUCCUCAAUCCGACUCUUCUCCUAACGGCCGUCAAAUAACGGCGGCGGCAGCCUUAGAGGGCGGCGAUGAAGGCGGGAAAGUUCCCCGGCUUCCCCGUUGGACCAGGCAAGAGAUACUCGUGCUCAUACAGGGGAAAAGGGUUGCCGAGAACCGGGUCAGAAGAGGACGGACGGCAAGUUUGGCGUUCGGGUCAGGGCAGGUGGAGCCCAAGUGGGCAUCGGUUUCGUCCUAUUGCAAGAGGCACGGCGUGAACCGGGGUCCGGUUCAGUGCCGGAAGAGAUGGAGCAAUUUGGCCGGGGAUUUUAAGAAGAUCAAGGAGUGGGAGUCUCAGAUAAGGGAAGAAACAGAGUCGUUUUGGCUGAUGAGGAAUGAUUUAAGGCGGGAGAGGAAGCUUCCUGGGUUCUUUGAUAGGGAGGUUUAUGAUAUCCUCGACGGCGGCGGUGGCUCAGCCGCCGGCAGAGACGCUGGUGAAGAUGCACCCGAGGAAUUGGAUUUGGCUUUGGCGCCGUCGACGGUUGCUGCCGCUGCCGCGGCUGAGGCGGAAGAGGCGGCGGAGACGGAUGCAGUGUUUGACAGCGGUCGGAGUGCUGGGGCGGAUGAGGGGCUGUUUUCCGAUUUUGAGCAGUCAGUUCAGGAGGAGGUUGGAGGAACCUUCGACAAGGACUUCCGGCACGCCAGGGAAAUCCCGGUGACUACUCUUCAAGCUCCUACGCCGAUUUCAGAAAAGCAGUAUCAACCAUUCUCUCAAACACAUCCGACUCAAGGUAUGUUCCCCCUUGGAAGAUUCGGUUAUUUCAGUAGUCAUCUGUUGUGUUUAGAUGUGCUUAUUACUGAGAUUGUUACCUUCGACGUUGGGUGAUUCUGUUGGGAAUUUUUCAUCAGUCAUUUUGAGUGUAUUGUAGUGUGGUUCAGAUGAUCACCAACUGCAGCAUUAUUGUCCAUCGUUUUCUCAAAUUCAGGACUGAAGAUUGUUUUGAGUUCUUUUUCCUCAUGUAGUCCAUUGAUAUGCAACAGCCCAGACAGUUCUUUAUGUUAUUGAAGAGAAUUUUCAGGGCAACUGGUAUCUCUGAAAUGACCGUACAAACAUGUUUCAAUGUAGGAAUUUGCAUAAAUUGUUGCUGUAACAUUCAAAAGUUCUACUACUUACUAGACCUUUUUCCUGAGUUUUUGACUCGUGUUUAAUGUGUUUCCUUGAAUGUGGUAACUGCUUUUCUACAACAUAGUGUUACCUGCUUUGCCUUUCUUAUGGUAUGUGUUCAGAUGCAGGCACCAGUUUUGAGAAACCCUCUAAUGUGGAGUCCGAAACAAGAGGAGGUGAAGGGAAGAAACGAAAAAGACAUGCAGAAGAACAAGUUGACGAAGAAGAUGAAACGAAGUCGCUGCAAGAUCAGUUACUUGAAGUGCUGGAGAGGAACGGCAAAUUGCUGAGCGCGCAACUCGAAUCCCAGAACCUUCACUUGCAGUUGGACCGGGAACAGCGGAAGGAUCACGUGAAUAGCUUGAUUUCUGUUCUCCAUAAGCUUGCAGACGCCAUGGGAAGAAUUGCCGAUAAGUUGUAGUAGUAAAUCAAUAGCAGCAGUAUGAAGAAAUUAAUACAUGAAUUAUGACUUUAAUUAGUUUUUUAAUUUUUUAUAAAUCAUUGAAGGUGGAGGCGAAUUCUUUGUAUCUAAUUAGAUUUUUCAAGUAGGAAUUUUGUUUUGCUUCUUUCAGUUUUACCUUUUUAUAGGGGUUUAAGUGGCCCUAAUCCUGUACAAAUGACUGGAAGAUGUGAUUCUGGGCCGGGGGUUUACUAUAUAUGUGAUCAGUAGGAUUUGUCAGACAUGAUUCACAUGAAUAUGAGUGAUAAUAUGUUACAAAAUGUUGGUGCAUGUAACACGUUUUCUGCUGUUUUUGGAAC